CACAACUUUCAACAUUACGUUCUUUGCUUUCUUUCACAUCCCAUCCAACGAACGAUCCACGAAAGAUGUUGGCUGUUUUCGACAAAUCGGUGGCAAAAAGCCCAGAGGGUCUGCAGAGCCCUCACUCAGAUUCCGUCUCAGCCCUAAAAGACGGUUUUAUCGCAGAACACUUCUCUUCCGUUCACCCUGGUUCCGUCACCGUCAACCUUGGCUCUUCCGGUCUCUUGGCCUAUUCCCUUCACAGACAGAACCCCCUUCUCCCAAGGCUGUUUGCAGUUGUGGACGACAUUUUCUGUUUGUUUCAAGGUCACCUUGAGAAUGUUGCCAACCUUAAGCAACAAUAUGGAUUGAACAAAACAGCAACUGAGGUGAUCAUUAUCAUAGAGGCAUACAGGACUCUAAGAGAUCGUGGUCCCUAUCCUGCUGCUCAGGUUGUGAGAGAUUUCCAAGGCAAAUUUGCAUUUAUUCUGUAUGACAGUGGUUCUAAGACCGCAUUUGUUGCUGCGGAUGCUGAUGGGAGUGUUCCCUUUGUCUGGGGAACUGAUGCUGAUGGAAAUCUCAUUUUUUCAGAUGAGACAGAGAUCGUAACUAAGAGCUGUGGGAAAUCUUCUGCACCAUUCCCCAAAGGAUUUUUCUUUUCAACAUCCGGAGGUUUGAGCAGUUUUGAGCAUCCACUUAAUGAGGUGAAGCCUGUACCAAGGGUUGACAGUUCUGGACAGGUGUGUGGUGCAACUUUCAAGGUGGAUGCUGAGGCUAAGAAGGAAGCAACUGGCAUGCCAAGGGUUGGGAGUGCUGCUAACUGGUCGAAUAAUAUCUGAUUGCGACUCUAUUCUGUUUGAAUUAAGACUUUUAUUUUAUCAUAGCUGCACUCGGCCGAAUUUUGAAGUUCUGUACCUGUUCCCAUAAUAUGAUAACUUUGAGGCUCUAGCGAGGCUUAGCUUAUCAUAUUAAUUUAUUUACUGGCGAGGCUUAGCUUAUCAUAUUAAUUUAUUUACUGAAUCUGAGAUAUGAUUUCAUGAAGCUAUACGAAGUUGCUUUGAAGCAAAUAUUAAGCUCAUACUCUCUUCGCACUCAUCAUGUAAUAAUGUAAACUUGCGGACAGGUUCUUCCAAAUGAUUAUUUACUGCCUUUGUUUCAUCUC